AUGUCUCGUUUAUUUGGUAUCCCUGAUGAAUGGAAGGUUAAUGAUGAUAAUUUCCCUACAGCAUCUUCCCAUGAACAAAGGAUUGUGGAGAAAAAUGUUGCAAAAUACUAUAGCUAUCAAGAAGACUUGCAUUUGAUAUUUAGGAUUCAGCUGUUUAUCCGUCAGCAUCUAAAUUACUUAAACAACAGUCUGAAAAAACUGCCGCAAUCCUAUCAGUGCCUUGAUGCAAGUAGACCUUGGCUGGUAUAUUGGAUAUUGCACAGCUUAGAUUUGCUUAAGAAAACACCACCAGAAGAAUUCAAACAUAGCAUAAUCGAUUUCCUUUCUCGAUGUCAGUCACCUGAUGGAGGUUUCGGAGGCGGUCCAGGACAAAUACCUCAUUUAGCUCCAACCUAUGCUGCUAUUUGUGCAGUUUGCAUUGUCAAUCUGAAAGAAGGAUAUCAAAUGAUAAAUAGGAAGGCAUUACAGAAUUUCCUGCUAAGUCUGAAGACUCCUGAAGGAGCCUUCCGACUUCAUGAUGAUGGAGAAGUUGACGUUAGGCAAGCAGCUACAAGCUAUUUAUUUCUUUUCUUUACAGGGGUCUAUUGUGCUACUGUAGCUGCAAGACUUACUAAUAUUGCGAAUUCGGAGCUCUUCAAGGAUACUCCUGAAUGGAUUGCUCGAUGUCAAACAUACGAAGGAGGCAUAGGCAGUAUUCCUGGAAUGGAAGCUCACAGCGGUUAUUCUUUCUGCGGCUUUGCGGCCUUAGUACUUCUCGGCCAUGAAGAAGUCAUAGACUGUCAAAAAUUAUUGAGAUGGACGGCAAGAAAACAGAUGCAAUUUGAAGGUGGAUUCCAGGGCAGAACAAACAAAUUAGUUGAUGGAUGUUACUCAUUUUGGCAAGGAGGAUUGUUCCCAUUAUUGAAUUUAGUUUUAUUCAUGAACGGAGAUGAAUCCAUUGAUCUUGAAGAAUGGCUAUUUGACGAUGUUGCGCUACAAGAAUAUGUCUUGGCAUGUUGCCAGCAUCCUAAAGGUGGUUGUUUCGACAAACCUGGAAAGCCUAGGGACUUUUAUCAUACCUGCUAUGGUCUAAGUGGACUAUCAGUUGCUCAACAUGUUGGCAAUCAAUAUAAAACUAAACGUGUUGUGGGAGAUCCGGAAAACGAACUAAAUCCAACGCAUCCAGUUUACAACAUCAAUCCUAGUCAUGUUGUGGAUAUGCAGAAGUAUUUCAAUGUGCUAUCGCCACCUUAA